AGAGAAUAGCUACAGAUUCUCCAUCCUCAGUCUCUGCAAAGGGACGGCUGUGCCAGCCGUGCUCGGGCAGGCUCCUGGCAGCAUGGCAGAGAAGCUCGGGGCCCUCCUGCUGGUCCUUGUUCUCAGCCUGGCACAGCCAGCCCCGGCCCACCGGAAGCUCCUGGUGUUUCUGCUGGAUGGUUUUCGCUCUGACUACAUCAGUGAUGAGGCCCUGGAGUCCUUGCCUGGUUUCAGAGAGAUUGUGAGCAGGGGGGUAAAAGUGGAUUACUUGACCCCAGACUUUCCCAGUCUCUCUUACCCCAAUUACUACAGCCUAAUGACUGGUCGCCACUGUGAGGUCCAUCAGAUGAUCGGGAACUACAUGUGGGACCCCGCCACCAACAAGUCAUUUGACAUAGGGGUCAACAGAGACAGCCUGAUGCCUCUCUGGUGGAAUGGAUCGGAACCUCUGUGGAUCACUCUGACCAAGGCCAAAAGGAAGGUCUACAUGUACUACUGGCCAGGCUGUGAGGUUGAGAUUCUUGGUGUCAGACCUACUUACUGCCUAGAAUAUAAAAAUGUCCCAACGGAUAUCAAUUUUGUCAAUGCAGUCAGCGAUGCUCUUGACUUCUUCAAGAGUGGCCAGGCGGACCUGGUGGCCAUCUACUACGAGCGCAUCGAUGUGGAAGGCCACCACUAUGGGCCCUCGUCGCCGCAGAGGAAAGAAGCCCUGAGGGCUGUGGACACCGUCCUGAAGUACAUGACCAAGUGGAUCCAGGAGCGGGAGCUGCAGGACGACCUCAACGUCAUCAUCUUCUCAGAUCACGGGAUGACUGACAUCUUCUGGAUGGACAAAGUGAUUGAGCUGGAUAAGUACAUCAGCCUCCAUGACCUGCAGCAGGUGAAGGACCGAGGGCCAGUUGUGAGCCUGUGGCCGGCGCCCGGGAAGCAUUCUGAGAUAUAUGACAAAUUGAGAACAGUGGAGCACAUGACUGUCUACGAGAAGGAGGCCAUCCCGAGCAGGUUCUAUUACAAGAAAGGGAAAUUUGUCUCUCCUUUGACCCUAGUGGCCGAUGAAGGAUGGUUCAUAACUGAGAAUCGAGAGACGCUUCCAUUCUGGAUGAACAGCACUGGCAAGAGGGAAGGCUGGCAGCGCGGAUGGCAUGGAUACGACAACGAGCUCAGGGACAUGAGGGGCAUCUUCCUGGCCUUCGGACCCGAUUUCAAAUCCAACUUCAGAGCCGCUCCCAUCAGAUCCGUGGAUGUCUACAACGUCAUGUGCAACGUGGCAGGUGUCGCCCCCCUGCCUAACAACGGGUCCUGGUCCCGGGUGACGUGCAUGCUGAAGGACCCGGCCAGCUCGGCCCUGGCACCGCGGCCGGGCGCCUGCACAUUGGCCUUGGUCCUGCUGGCGCUGCUGUCCUGAACUCCUAGCGCAGUGUGUGCCGUGCCCCACGGGGGAGGCC